GUAAAGAAAAGAAACCCUAAAAACUGAAAGUGAGAGCCAUAUAUAAUCAGCUAGGGUUUCCGACAGCUGCUGCUUCUCUUUCUUCAAAGGCUGCAGCGUGAGAGAAACCUCGUCGAUUUUCACAACCGGAGAGCUCUGAGGAAUCGCAGCAGCCAUGGCGGAGAAAGCAGUCACUAUCAGGACCAGGAAGUUCAUGACCAACAGGCUUCUCUCCAGGAAGCAGUUUGUUAUUGAUGUUCUUCACCCAGGAAGAGCUAAUGUCUCAAAGGCUGAGCUCAAGGAGAAGUUGGCAAGGAUGUACGAGGUUAAGGACCCAAAUGCAAUCUUCGUUUUCAAAUUCAGAACCCACUUUGGAGGUGGCAAAUCAUCUGGGUUUGGUUUGAUCUACGACAAUGUCGAGAGUGCCAAGAAGUUCGAGCCCAAGUACAGGCUCAUCAGGAAUGGACUUGACACCAAGAUUGAGAAAUCAAGGAAACAGAUUAAGGAGAGGAAGAACAGGGCCAAGAAAAUCCGUGGUGUUAAGAAGACCAAGGCUGGUGACCCCAAGAAGAAGUGAGGAGAUGUUGAAGAGCCAAGGCGCAUUUUGGGUUUUUAUUCCGCAUCAUCCCUUCUUUUAUGCCCAUAUUUGCUUCUCAUUGUCACACUCGUUCUAUCUUGUUUUGGAUUAUGCUUUAAGCGAUAGAGAAACCUUGUGCUAAAGAUUUUGCUGAAUACAUUUUUAUUUUAAAACUCCCUUCCUUGUUGCUUCC